AUGCCCAGACGUCCAUCUCGCGCCACCCACAAACCCAAAGUCGGCACCACUCCCCGCAAAAUGACCACAGGCGAGAAAACCAAGGUAUUCUUGUAUUUUAUGCGUUUGCGUGUCAAUGCCGAUGUCGAUGAGGUGAAGAAAUUCUUGAACACCGUGUUUCGCGGCGAGGAGAAAUUCGUGCUCAUCGAUCAUAACCUCUCCGUUCCCUACUUCUUUCUCUAUAUCAUUCAUAACGAGGCCGCCAUUUGGCUUUCCCAAAAUACCACGUUUGAUUCUGACGGCGUCGCCAGGCUCCUUGAACUUCGUGCCCUCAAUGCCGAUCUUUCGAAGACUUACUGA